AUGACUCCCCAAGAGAAAGAGGAGAAAUUAAAAAAGCGCCGUCAAGCCUAUAAGCGCAAAAAAGAUUUAAAUGCCCUUGCCAAUGUGGAGGAGCCAUUGCAUGCUACACAUUCCGGGCAAGCAGAACAAGAAAUUGCAAGCCAGGACAAGGAUUCAAUUCCAAACCAAGAAAAAAACGCCCCUACAAGGAUGAAAUACAGAAAUAUGGGACCAGACCAAAAGAAAGCUAAGAGAGAACAGGUCAAUGCUAAUCGUGCAUUACGACGCAACACUCCAAGCAAAUAUUCCAUUGAAAUGGAGAGUCCUACGUAUAUUGCACUAGAUACAUCACCUCAAGUCCUGACUAGAUUACAUAGGAAAAAUGUAGCACAUGAAGAAAGACAAGCACUGGUAUAUCGUCAAAAUGAAAGCUUCACAAUUAGAUGGGACACGAGAACUUCUGUGUCACUAGGAGAAGAUCCUUCGAUAUGCACACAAACAUCCAACAGCAUAGACCCUCCUAAGGAGCCAAGCAUAACAAAUACCGAAAAUAUGUGUUUAACAAAUCAAGGUGCCGACAAUGUAGAGCAUCCAUCACAAGUAUUCAUCGAUGGUGAUGAAGAUAUAUUUGACGAUGACACCAAUGAGAGUGAUAUGUUUGAUGGUCAAGCUCCAUCUUCCAUGCUUGAUGCUGGUACCACAUCAUUUGGAUCGCCAUCUCCACUUUUGGAUCCAAAUAUACGAAGAAGACAGAGAGAUCGGGAGCGAUAUGCGCAAAUGACUCUCCAAGAGAAAGAGGAGAAACUAAAAAAGCGUCGUGAAGCCUAUAAGCGCAACAAAGAUUUAAAUGCCCUUGCCAAUGUGGAGGAGCCAUUGCAUGCUACACAUUCCGGGCAAGCAGAACAAGAAAUUGCAAGCCAGGAUAAGGGUUCAAUUCCAAAACAAGAAAAAAAGGCACUUGCAAGGAUGAAAUACAGAAAUAUGGGACCAGACCAAAAGAAAGCUAAGAUAGAACAGGUCAUUGCUAACCGUGCAUUGCGACGCAACACUCCAAGCAAGUAUUCCAUUGCAAUGGAGAGUCCUACGUAUAUUGCGCUAGAUACGUCACCUCAAGUUCCGACUAGAUUACAUAGGAAACAUAUAGCACAUGACGAAAGACAAGCAUUGGUAUCUCGUCAAAAUGAAAGCUUCACAAUUAGAUGGGACACAAGGACUUCUGUGUCAGUAGGAGAAGAUCCUUCGAUAUGCACUCAAACAGCCAACAGCAUAGACCCUCCUAAGCAGCAAAGCAUAACAAAUACCGAAAAUAUUUGUUUAACAAAUCAAGGUGCCGACAAUGUAGAGCAUCCAUCAAAAUUAUUCAUCGAUGAUGAUGGUGAUGAAGACAUAUUUGACGAUGACACCAAUGAGGAGAGUGACAUGUUUGAUGGUCAAGAUUGGGAGACACACAAGGACGUAGAAAUCAAAGAGGUUGUAGAAGCCAUACCCGAGUGCUCUAGCGUCCCUGAUCCCUGUGAGCUCGUGUAUAGCAACAUACCACAGUGCACUCAUAUGCUAAAACCAGUGGAAAAUUGUCAAUUCUGCAACGCAAAGAAGUUUGAGCAUGAGACAAAGGGCUUCUGCUGCAGAAAUGGACAAACCAGACUAGCUCAUCAAGACACACCUCCUGAACUCAUGAGGCUCUGGACGAGCAAUGAUUCCUACGCCCAACAUUUUCGCAACAACAUAAGGUUUUUCAAUGGGCAUUUCUCAUUCACUUCUCUUUACUGUCAUCUUGACAGAGAAACAAGUGACAUGAGGAAAACUGGUUUCUACACGUUUCGAGCUCAUGGCCAAAUGUACCAUAAUAUAAGUUCAUUUGGUACGAAUGGUUCAGACCCUAAGCAUCUCGAGUUAUACUUCUAUGAUGAUGAUCCAAGCCUAGAACAUCGGUACCGCCGUUGCCGACAGGAGUUAUAUGAACAAGAUCAAGAAGUAGUCAACAUCCUAACCAACGUUCUGCGUGGUUGGAUCAGAGGACGUACAAUGUGCCAAUAA